AGUGGCCUUUGAGGACGUGUCUGUGAAUUUUACCCAGGAGGAGUGGGCUCUGCUGUACCCUUCCCAGAAGAGACUCUACCGAGAUGUCAUGCGGGAAACCUUCAGGAACCUGACCUCUGUAGGAAAUAAAUGGGAAGACCAGAACAUUACAGAUCAGCACAAAAUUCAGGGAACAGAUCUAAGAAGUUAUAUGAUACAGAGGUUUGGUGAAAAUAAAGAAGGUGGUCAGUGUGGAGAUACCGUCAACCAGAUGCCUGGACUCAGUGUGACCAAGAGAACUACUGGAGUGAAACCAUAUGAAUGUAGUGUGUGUGGAAAAGUCUUCAUGCUUCAUUCAUCCCUUACUAGGCACAUCAAAUCUCACCCUGGACAUGAACUUGAUGGGUUUAAGUAUGGAGAGAAGCCAUAUAAAUGUAAGGAAUGUGGGAGCACCUUCAGUUACCUCAAAUCCUUUCAGAGACAUGAAAGGACUCACACUGGGGAAAACCCCUAUAAGUGUAAACAGUGUGGGAAGACCUUCAUCUAUCACCAGCCCUUUCAAACACAUGAACGGACACACACCGGAGAGAAACCUUAUCAGUGUAAGCAUUGUGGUAAAGCUCUCAGUUCUCCCAGUUCUCUUCGAAUUCAUGAAAGGAUUCACACUGGAGAGAAGCCCUAUGAGUGUAAGAAAUGUGGAAAAGCUUUCAGUUGUCCCAGUUCUAUUCAAAUCCAUGAAAGAACGCACACUGGAGAGAAACCCUAUAAAUGUAAGGAGUGUGGAAAGGCCUUCAUUUCCCGCACAAGUGUUCAGACACACAUGGUAACACACAAUGGAGAGAGACCUUACAAAUGUAAGGAAUGUGGGAAGGCGUUCAUUCGUCCCAGUUUCCUGCGAGUACAUGAACGAAUUCAUACUGGAGAGAAACCCUAUGAAUGUAAACAGUGCGGUAAAGCCUUUAGAUGCUCCACUUCCGUUCAAAUUCAUGAAAGAACUCACACUGGUGAGAAACCCUAUAAAUGUAAGGAGUGUGGGAAAGCCUUCAGUGCUCGACCAGCCUUUCGGGUACACACAAGAGUGCACACUGGAGAGAAACCCUAUAAGUGCAGAGAAUGUGGGAAAGCCUUCAGUCGUCUCAGUUACUGUCGGGUACAUGAAAGGACUCACACUGGAGAAAAACCCUAUGAAUGUAAAAAAUGUGGGAAGACUUUCAAUUACCCUCUAGACUUGCAAAUACAUGAAAGAAAUCACACUGGGGAAAAACCCUACGAAUGUAAGGAAUGUGCAAAAGCCUUCAUUUCUCUCGAAAAUUUUCGAAGACACAUGAUAACGCACACUGGGGACGGACCUUACAAAUGUAGGGAAUGUGGGAAGGCCUUCAUUUUUCUCAGUGCAUUUCGAACACAUGAAAGAACUCACACAGGAGAAAAACCAUAUGAAUGUAAACACUGUGGCAAGGCCUUUAGUUGUUCUAGUUACGUUCAGAUCCAUGAAAGAACCCACACUGGAGAGAAGCCCUAUGAGUGUAAGGAGUGCGGCAAAGCCUUCAUUUAUCCCACAAGUUUUCAGGGACACAUGAGAAUGCACACCGGAGAGAAGCCCUAUAAAUGCAAAGAAUGUGGGAAAGCCUUCAGUCUCCGCAGCUCCUUUCAAAGACAUGAAAGAACACACAGUGGAGAGAAGCUUUUUCAAUGUAAGCAAUGUGGGAAAGCCUUCACUUUGUCCACAUCCUUAAAUAAACACGUGAAAUUGCACACUAGACAGAAAUAGUGAACGUGAGGAGGUGGAGACAUUUUCAAUUUUAACACUUACUUUCAGUCAUGAAAAUUGCCAUUGUGGAGAAUUCCUAUAAAUGUAAGUAAUGUAGGAAGCUAGGUGCAAGGUAACUUGUGUAAGAUGGGCCAGAAAAAUGAAACUGUAAAAGAAACAUUAUAAAAGCUAAAUGUACAUUUUUGUCAUUGCUUCCUUCUUAAAGUGCAUCUCUAGACACUCAAUUUCCACUUCUUCUGCAGAGAAGCUUUUAAGUGGAGGUGUGGCUAAAGUAGUAGAGCACCUGCUUUGCAAGUGUGAAGCCCUGAGUUCAAACUCUAGUCCCACCAAAAUAAACAAAUAAGAAGCUUUGAAGU